UUCCCGCUUUGAAGAACAAGAAAAUUCCAAAGGAGUUGUGGGCAGAAAACAGGAAGCAGCUUCUUUGGGCGAGACUGAGCAUGCUCCGCUGCAUCUGAGCAAAGGAAAUUUGACAAGCUAAGGGCAUUUCACGGCGCUGCGCUCCGCCGCGGUUCCUUCUCGGGAGGGUGGCUGAUGGACGGAGGUGCCUGGGGGCGGGGCGCGGGAGAGGAGCGAGGCAGCCUCCGGAGCCCUCCUCCCCCAGUGCCUGAGCAGCGGACGGCAGCAGCGCCUGGAGGGAGGGCAGGAGCAUCUUCCUCGCCUCCCUCCUCUGCUAGCGGAGAGGACAGGUGGCUUCCUAGAAGAUGACCAUAGAGAAUCUUCCUGACCCUCCUACAGAAGGAGAUUCAUUGACUAGAAGAUACCAGUAUUUUAUCCCAGGAUCUGAAGAUACAGUUACCUAUUCAGUUUCUGCAGCACCAAUGCCUUCUGAAUGUGAGUUCUCCUUUUUUGAUCCCAACGAUGCAGCAUGCCAGGAAAUUCUUUUCAACCCCCAAACAUCUGUGUCUGAACUAUUCGCCAUCUUACGACAGUGGGUCCCGCAAGUUCAACAGAACAUUGAUAUAAUUGGGAAUGAGAUAAUUAAAAGAGGCUGCAAUGUGAAUGACAGAGAUGGACUGACGGAUAUGACUCUCUUGCAUUACACCUGCAAGUCAGGGGCUCAUGGUAUUGGGGACAUAGAGACUGCUGCUAAAUUUGCCUCUCAGCUUAUUGACUUGGGUGCAGACAUCAACUUGAGGAGCAGAUGGACAAAUAUGAAUGCUUUGCACUAUGCUGCUUACUUUGAUGUUCCAGAGCUCAUUAGUGUCAUUUUGAAAAAUGCAAAGCCAAAAGAUGUGGACACAACCUGCAGUGACUUUGAUUUUGGAACAGCCUUGCAUAUUGCUGCCUUCAAUCUCUGCGCUGGAGCUGUAAAGUGUUUAUUGGAUCAUGGAGCCAACCCAGCCUUUAGGAAUGACAAAGGGCAGACGCCAGCAGAUGUGGUUCCUGACCCAGUUGACAUGCCCCUGGAAAUGGCAGAUGCAGCAGCCAGUGCCAAAGAAAUCAAGCAGAUGCUCUUAGAUGCAGUGCCUCUGUCAUGUGACAUGUCCAAGGCCAUGCUUCCCAAUUAUGAUAAUGUCACUGGCAAAGCCAUGCUUGGAUCCCUUGGCCUAAAGCUGGGCGACCGAGUUGUCAUAGCAGGGCAGAAGGUUGGCACAUUAAGAUUUUGUGGAACAACGGAGUUUGCCAGUGGGCAGUGGGCUGGCAUAGAAUUGGAUGAAGCGGAAGGAAAAAACAAUGGAAGUGUUGGAAGAGUGCAAUAUUUUAAGUGUGCACCAAAACAUGGUAUCUUUGCACCACUCUCUAAAAUAAGUAAAGCUUCAGAACCCCCCAAAACUGCAAGAACUUCUUCCUCACGUCCCUUGCCUUUAAUCAAGUCCAAGAAAAUUGAUGUCACGCGCAUAACGUCAAAAGUGAAUUCUGGCUUAUCCACAUUGAAAAAAGAGAGUGCUCCUGACUCCACAUUUUCGGCAGCUGAAGAAGGAAUGAAAACUCUUCCAACAGGUAAAGAAGAUACUUCUCUAGGCUCCAGCAGCUCUUCGUCUUCUACUGUAUCUUUGGACAGCAAGAAGAAUUGUCCCAAGAAAUGGAAUCCCAGGAGUAAUAAGAAGGAUGACUUUAAACCACAUUCGGUUGCAUCUAAAUCUGUCCCUGGAAGAAACAACACUUUACCAACAUCAAGGAGAAAUCCUUUUGAUGAAGGAGAAAUUCAGAUUGGAGACAGGGUGCUGGUGGUAGGACAAAGAACUGGAACAGUAAAGUUCUAUGGGGUGACAAAGUUUGCACCAGGCUUUUGGUGUGGAAUAGAACUGGAUAAACCCCAUGGCAAGAAUGAUGGUUCAGUGGCAGGUGUGCAGUACUUCAGCUGCCUCCCAAGAUACGGCGUGUUUGCACCACCUUCAAGAGUGCAGAAGCUCGCGGGAUCACUGGAUUCGCUCGCAGAUGCUUCAGCAAGUAAAAUGAAUCAUUCUCUGCCCGGUUUCCGACGAAGUUUCAGUACAACCUCUGCAUCUUCCCAAAAGGAGAUAAACAGGAGAAAUUCUUUUGUCAAGUCAAAAAACUCGGCCUUGCGACGCAGUUGGAGCAGCACCACUACAGCAAGUACGGAGGGCCCCGUGAAGCUGCAUGAGGGCUCCCAAGUCCUCCUGAGCAGUUCCAGUGAGAUGGGCAUCAUCCGCUACAUGGGGCCCACAGACUUUGCCCCGGGGAUAUGGCUCGGCCUGGAGCUGCGGAGUGCCAAAGGCAAGAAUGACGGCUCCGUGGGUGACAAGCGCUAUUUCACUUGCAAGCCAAAUUACGGGGUUCUGGUGCGGCCGAGCAGAGUAACCUAUCGUGGGAUUAAUGGGGCAAAACUUGUGGAUGACAUCUGUUGAAGCCAAAUGCUCUCGCCCUGAGCUAAGAGUCUAAGAAAUAAAGCGCACAAGGGAAUCCUGCCAUCACCUGCGUGGAGUUCUCUUUUCUCUCCACUCCUAAAGCUGCACUUCUGGAACACAUACACAGCUCUAGCUAGAUCAAAGGUGCAUUAUGACUACCAGGAACAAAAUCGUAAUAGCUUCCCCUGCAGAGCACUUGUUGCCUGAGAGCUUCUUAUCUAAAAGACAUCUUGGAUCUAAGCUGCCAUAUUACUGGGAUAAUAGACUGUUUUCUAUCUGGCUUCCUUUUGACAUGCUUUGCCACUUCAUAAGUGAUCUUUUCAUCCCCUAUGCUAAUGAAGCUGUAAUACUUUGCUCUCUGACUCAAGAUUGCAGAGCUUGUUAAACAAAGCACUAGUAUUUGUCAAUGUGCUUAACUGUCUUGGCCAUCUCUAGGAAAAACAAACACAAGUUAAUAGCAAUAAAGUGAGGGGGCCAUUACUGUAUUUAGAAAAAGAGAAUUGUGGGACUGGUAGUUUCAUUAUUCAGGCAGCUGCCCCAAAGCACAAAAUAGCCAGUUGGACAGUGUCUAAAUAGAAGAGUGUGCAGCUUCUAAACUGUAUAACUGAGCAACCUGAAUAAAAGAAAGUGUGGGUAGCUAAUAAAAAAGCACAAAUAUUUUCAGGUUUGUAGUAAAAGCACUUUUUAAAACAGAAUAUGUGUUUGUUUUUUUUAAAAAGUCAGCUGCAUGCCCGAAGCACUUUAGAAAAAACUGUUGGCGACAAGUAUUAUGCACUUUGAUUUUCUCCCCUCUGGAGAGCUUUCUCCCUGAUGUUUUGGAGAAAAGCUUUUGUUACUUGAGAUUGCAGGCUAUAUAACACACUGCAAUGUUUUAGAUGCCUAAAAAGCUCCUCUGAAAGCUCUCCAGCCAGAAACCAGUUUGGUUAGUGGCUCACUUUAUGCCAAGUGUUGGUAAAAGGCAACGAUCAUGUGUGCAGGCACACACACCCCUCCCCUCAGGAAACCUGCACCCUCUUGGAUAGAGGAGGUGGGAAGAGAGAAUCGCUCUCUCUUUGGGCUGUGAGAGCAGAAGCCAGUGCCAGCAUUCUCACCUUGAGUGAGCACCCCAGAAUGAUCACUUCUGCCUUCUGGGAGGAGGAAUGACAGAAAAUCUUUGGGCAAUUCCACUGUUGCUACAGCUGCAAGCGUUUGGGCCUUCUGGAAUAAGCAUCUGGCUCACUAGUAGCUUUAGUCCAAGCCAACUGUGAUGAGACACAUCACAAUAUAGGUGAACUAUAUUGCAACCGGUGGCCACAGGCCUACCAGUUGACAACCCUGGGUAGAAAAUUAAGAUAGACUCAUAUAUUUGCAUCCCAGAUUCGAUUUAGUCUCUCUCUUCAGCACAAUGUAUAGUAAGAGUUCUAUAUCGUUGUAGACACAUCUUUAGGAAAAGUGGAACAGUUUCGUAAUUUUUGUCCUUGGUGUCCUUCAAAACCCUUGCCAUGUUCCUAUAGUUGCUACAUUGUUGCUUCAAAGCAUGAAGUACUUUAUAUCAAAUAUGGUGUGUCUUUUAAGAAGCAGGCUUUGGAAUGCUUGAUAAAUUCAUUGCCACAUGCUUCUUGUUAAAUAACUGAGUGAUUAUGAAUUUGUAUGUUCUAAUGCAUAAGAAAGACAACAUACAUUUAAAUAGUUUGGCAUAUUUUCAACUCUUAUGUAGUCAGAUAAUUGCAAAAAUCAUAGAAGCAAAAAAAAAAGCUUCCUCAAAAAUGGUGUCUUGUCAAAUUGCACUUAAAAAUAAAAUAAAACUGUUAGUCUGUUAUUUUUGGACUAAAUUCUACUUUAUAAAAGUGUGUGAUAUAUUUUAAACACUGCUAGAUCUAUUUUUUUCUGAUCUGCACUUAAACAUGAAAAGGCUGUAAUAUUGUUUUCUAAUUAAUGGAUAUUUUAAAACUGAAAGUAAUUGUAAACUAUGUUUAUAAGCUUGUUUCAAUUCUAAGCCAUCUGAACACUAAUGAUAAAUAUUUGACAAUGCAGAUGUACCUUGAUGCACUGACUCUUACUGUGUCCAACAUCUGCUUCCUUGGUGUUUAAAUUUGUGAUAAGACUGCUAUUGAUUAUUGUUUAUGAUGCCUGUUUUCUUUAAAGACAAUUGUUUGAGGUGUCAGAGACAGUGUCCUUCUCCCUCAACUUUCAACAUUGCUUCCUUCCUUCCUUCCUUUUAACAUUAACUUGCAGAUUAUGUAUCUAAGAUAGAGAGCAGCAACUAUAAUAUAAUAAAACAGAUGUUUAAAAUACCCUUUUAUGUUGUCUAUAAAGUACUAUGUACUCUACGGGCAUGUGAAUCUUGAACAUAAAAUGUUUAUGCACCCCC